UCCGCGUAUUGUGUUUAGGCAGAGAGCAGAAGACAAGACGUGAACUCGACUCAGGCCAUAACUUUGAAAAGAAUUAUAGAAAACUGAGAAAUUACUGCUGUGAUAAUCAUGUGGUUUAAACUCGCUGUGGUCGCUCUAGUGUUUCUGAGCGCCAGUUGUUCUGCCAGAAUAACUGAACCAAAAGUGCAAGUGUACAGCCGCAACCCUGGAGAGUACGGCAAAGCAAACGUGCUGAUCUGCUAUGUGAGUGGCUUUCACCCCCCUGACAUCACCAUUAAGCUCCUCAAGAACGGGGUGGAGAUCCCAGACAGCAAACAGACCGACCUGGCCUUUGAAGAGGGCUGGAAGUUCCACCUGACCAGACAUGUUGACUUCAAUCCCCAGUCCGGAGAGAGUUACACCUGCAGUGUCAGUCACAUGGGGAAAGAUCCCAAGUUAUUCACGUGGGAGCCUGACAUGUGAACAUGCAACAAUUCCAGAAAACAACAGUUCUUCCUUACUCCCAUUUUCUGCAAAACUUAAACUUAUGCAUUUGCAUCUGCUUUGAAUUCAUCAUGUAAUUUCGGGGUAUCCAAUCCUGCUCCAGGCGGGAUAAUAUUAUCUUCAAUCUCACACCUGCCUGGGAGUUUCUAUCCUCCUGAAUCAGAUUGACCUUGAUCAGAUGGAAUAGAGUUGGAGCUAAACUCUGCAGGAUAGUUACCCUCCAGAAGCAGGAUUGGACACCCCUCAUGUAAUUUCUCAGCUUCAUUGUUUAGGA